AAACUCAGCGCGCUAAACCUGAACAGCUUGACGCCAACAAGACUAUGGUGAGCGCGGCCUCGCGCUCUCUCUCUUUCUCUCUUUCCACUCAUGUUACAACUCAAAAAAAAAAAGAUAAGACUGUAGAGAAAAGUCCGGGGAUGAGACGCAUACGGCGUCCUCUUCAUUCAUUGAAACUGUUUCUAGAACUCCUGCGAGAAAAGAGGCGCAGACACUUGCGUUUAUGAAUGAAACUCUGAAGUCUAAAACGAGUCACCUUUGAACAAGACAUCUUUCAUAAAACUGGCUAUCAUAUGUUUGUCUUCAGUGUUUGUCUUAUCAGCUUAAUUCAAGUUGGUACUGACAACUUGUGAUAACUUUUGGCUUAAAGACAGGUCUUAAAAUGACCGUACCACAUCUGACAACUACUGGCGUGGAAGACAUGUCUUAAAAUGACCAUACCACAUCGAAUAGCCUCAGAAGUAAAGCCUUCCUUCGCAAAGCAUCUGCUGGAAAUGUGAAAAUCUCGGGAUAAAAAAAAUGAUUCUCGACCCAAAGGGAGUAGACAGAUCAGUGAGACUCCAAGGAAAUGAAUGCUGAAACUCAAGCAAGGAGCUAAAACUUUCAAACAGAGAUCUCCACCAUAUUAACGUCAGACCAUUGCUUAUGAAUGUAAAGAUAAACAUUUUCUUUGUUACUGGAGGUCUAUAAAUAACAUGGACAGUAGGCAGUGACAUCAACACAUUUUAUUUUGUCGUCAUGAGCCUCUUUCUGGAUUCCGCCGUCCUGUCUCGGGUGAUAGUAGAGACGCACCCAAACAACACGGGGGCCAUGUUUUCAGAAGACGUUAAAGACUACAAUGUGACCACCGUGUCCCAGGCCACGACUACAGCCACGUGGAUUAACGGAGACAUCUUCACCGCGUCACCACAGCAGCCCAUUCAGAUCAGUGAGUUCACGCAGAUGCUCACUUUCGUCUUUCUCGGGGUUCUGGGCAGUGCCCUGGCAGUUCUGGGUUUCCUGGGAAAUACGUUGUCAAUUAUAGUACUGCAGCAUCGCCAGAUGAGAUCCUCCACCUCCUACUACCUGCUGUCACUGGCCAUCUACGACAACUGCAUUCUACUGGGUAUGGUGGUGUACUUCUGUUUCCCGGCCAUGUCUCCGUACACUUCGUCCUUGGCAGACUACCAAUCCUUCUCGUCGCAGACUAUUGAAGGAGGAUAUCCUUUAUCUUUAACGGCCCAGAUGGGCUCCAUCUACACAUGUGUUGGAUUUACAGUAGAGAGAUUCAUCGCUGUGUGCCGGCCACUUCACGUGGCCAACACGUGCACCAGGUCAAGGACGCUGAGGGCUAUCGCCUUGAUCUUCCUGUGGUCGUUUAUAUACAAUAUACCUCGAUUUUUUCAUUAUCAAGUCAUCGAGAUACCCAUGUCUGUCUCCCAGGUGAAUUCCACCGUCUCGACAGAGCCUUACACCAUUCUAGACCUUUCACCAGCCUACACCAUCAGCAGCACGACCCACGCCUUUAACGUGUCCAGCCCGCAUACCGUAUUCACCACAGUGCUCAACUCCUAUGACACGACCACAGCUGACAUCAACAAAACGGCGGGUUCCGGCCGGAAAAUGUACACUUACAGGGAGACAGAGUUCGGCUCGGACCGCACCUUCCAGCACGUCUAUCUCAUCUACUCACAGCUGUUCUUCAUGUUCCUACUUCCGUUUAUUAUGAUUCUCGUCAUGAACAUCUGUCUGAUCAAGGCGGUUAAGAACUCAAAGUCCAUGCAGCAGUCCAUGUGCGCCUCGGCCAGAAAAGAACAUAACUUGACAGUCAUGCUGAUAGCGGUGAUUGUGGUGUUUCUGGUUUGUCAGUUCCCAUCAAUCAUAGACAAUAUCCUUGUGGCUGUAUUUGGGGAUGAAAAACUGAAAUCCUACAAUGCUUAUAUGUGUUUCUACACCCUGAGCACGUUUAUGGUGGAGAUUAACGCGGCCUCCAACUUCCUGCUCUACUGUUUCUUUGGCAAGAAGUUCCGCUUGAUGCUCCUCAACAUCCUGGGCCUGAAGAGAAAGAAGCGUCACAUCGCCUACAGGAGCACAGUCACCAAGACAAGAACCAGCGGCACUAGGAUCUACGAGAUGGAGGUCUCGGCCAUGUGAAGUACACAAUGCGACUGUACACAGUACACACAGCCACCUGCUGUACACAGUACACACAGCGACCCGCUGUAAAGAGACAUUUUCACCCGAGGCACGCAGUGUGUUGAUAGGAGCGGCAGAAAGUAUUUGAUUACAAACUUAUGAAUCAGUGGAUCUAAUCUCUACGUUCUGUGCAUGUGAAGGAUAUCCUCUGAAUAAUAAAUGUAUAUCUUCUUUCCAGAGAACAGAGAAUUGUUUGCUUAGAGACUAGAUAGAAGAUUUCAUCUCAUAAAAAAAGGUCUAUAAUGUGUUCUACCAAUAGAAUAAGUAAAUAAGUUCUGAAAAAAAAAAAACUAUACAUGGAUUAGAUUAUUUUUGUCAAAUGUAUUCACUCCAGUUGAUGGUUUUCUUGACUAUCUAUCUAUCUAUUCACUGAUAAUGUUCAAAACUCUCUAAUUACCGAUAAGGUUCUAAACUAUCUAAUUAUUGAAAAUAUUCCAGGCUAUCUAAUCACUGCUAAUAAUCUAGACCAGUGUUACCAAAACUGUAUCCUGUUCCUUAACGGAACGCCUCGCAUAUUCUGAGUAGUAGAAGGAAAACUUUGCUUAUUUUUUUUUUUGGAGAGGUGGUAGUUCAUGGGAACAUCUAUUCAGGCCUCGCGGAACACCAGAGUUCCGCGGAACACAAUUCGGGAAACACUGUCCUAGACCUAGACUAUAUUAACUGUUAUGUUCUAGACCAUCUACUCAGUGACAUGUUUCCAGCCUAUGCGUUCGCUGGUUACGUUUUACUUCACUGAUAACAUUUACUAGCAGUAUAUCAAAAAGUAUGUACACUUAUUUAGCCAAAAGAUAAAACGAAAUAAUUCAAUUAACCUAUUAUAACAACACAACUAGUAGACUCUAUAACAAUGAAUUAUAAACAUGCACGGACAACUAAACUGUACCAAAAGUUACAUUAGCUAACUAUGUCUCCGCAAUUUUUAAAAAAUCUGUUUUUUUACCAGCGUGCUCUGAAGUGUCGCUGUCUGAGAGACUUUUAGACUGAAUGCAUCAUUAGCCAGGCUAACUUUCAAGUGCAACAGACAAUGGCCACUCACAUUGGAUUGGAAAAUAAUUGCAGAGGCUAAGCGCGUGUGGAGGUAACGAAUGGUUCGUUGGGGACACGUCCCACUGAGACCAGUAUCAAUAGCAUAUGUGUGUGAGCAGUUCAUGGAAGGGCUCAAGUAGCAGACGUAAGACAUGCUCGUGUGAACAGAAGUGAGACAUCAACACUGCACGUUCACUGGAAUUCACUAUGUAGGGAAUUAGUGAAAUAUCUGUGUCGUUGGCUUGUAGCACCAAACUGCCGGUAGACAACUCAACCGUUGCAGGAGUAGUAUAGAUUAACUAAUACAAUUAUUAAAAUAAAUUUAAUUAAUAACUUCCAUGUGAACAAUACUAAAUAGAACCUUAUGGAAUCAAAUGAAAAAAUGUACUAGACUUAAGAAAUAAUAUUUGUUUAAAACUCUAACUCACUACAAAUAACACAACCUUUCAGUCUCACGUUCUGGAGUCGUCUCCUCUAAGACCAAAAGACGACAAUGCCAACCAUGUUGCAUCCUUCACAACCAAUCGCUAACCUCUUUCCACCGUCACCAUAGAAACACAACACACGCUCCAUAACAGUGCUUUUCAUUUGUAUGCUUUGUAAAAUGCCACUAUGACGCUGAACUGAACAAUGUUAGAGGCACACAUUGUAAACUCGAAAGUUGAGAACUAAUUGCAUUUAUUUUCAAUACUGGCUGAACAUGUGUGUACAAAUGUUGAAUUUCAAUAAUGAUAAAUAAAAACUUGUAACAAGUAGUGAGUUUGCGACAUUGACUUAAUGUAACAAGUAGUGAGUUUGCGACAUUGACCUAAUGUAACAAGUAGUGAGUUUGCGACAUUGACUUCAUGUAGCAAGUAGUGAGUUUGCGACAUUGACUUAAUGAUGUACUUGUAAUACCGUGCAUUGUGAUCUAGUCAAAAUGUUAAGAGUGAACAAGUUGUUAUAUAUAUAUGGGGGUAUUCAGACAGCCCCAGGUUGUGGCAUACACAGAGGAGAACUAUUCACUAAUAAAAAAAAAAAGAUCCGUCGAAGGAAGAGAUGGAGUAUAUUUAAAAUAGCUUUCAUUUCAAUAUAAGAAAUGCAGUACAUUGUAUCAUUACAAAGUUGUAGAGUUUGGUCAUCUCCAACACAGAAUUUUGCCAAGUCUUAAAAGGAGCGAUAAUCAUUUGUACAAAUUUCUUUCUAUAUUUGAAGGUUUGAGUGAUGUGUAUGAUAAAGAAAUCUCCUAGACUUCGGUCUCGGCCAGCACGUCACUCAGUCUACAGUGCUUGAUGAUCAGAGCUAAGCCUUUCUUUUCUGAUCUUACCUAGCGGCCUAGAAAUCUAAAAAGCCUUACUAAGGUUUCAUGUAGAUCUGUAUGCAUCAGUUGGACAAAGCUCAGUCCCAUGACUGUCAUAACAAGAUCCAUGACUACCGCUAUUGUGUAGAUCCGAAGUUCCUAACCAUUUUGUAAGCUUGUCUUUGCAGUCAGUAUCAGAAGGGCAAGAAUACAAACAAGGAACUCGCGGAAUUAUUCGCGGAAACUUUGAACAGUAACGGCCAGUUGUUACAUUGAAAACAAAGAUGACAAUGAAAUGUGUUUUGCUUUGCCAGCUGAUAAAACAAAUGGAGCAUGUUUGUGUUAAAACGUUCACAAACUAAUUAAAAAACAACAAAACAAAAACGUUUCUGCAAGUCAAUCUGGUAGCGGACCCACACUUUAUGUCCUAUGGACCACACUUUUUGUCCCAUGGACAACACUUUAUGUCCUCUUUACUUAGAUUUACAGUUUAUUGAAUGAGUCCGCUUCAUUUACGUUGAGACAAAAAGAAACAACUGUUGAACUUUUUUAAAUUACAGACUAAAACAAAAAAGUUGUUUGAACCCACGUAACUAGUUUUGGUGUGUCAAGAGACAAACUAGACUCGAAAGCUCGGGAGCUGAGCGAAUUCAAAUUUCAUUUCAAUGCAAUAUGUACGGCCUCAGCUGUGAAAUCUUGUUGAAACUGAAGUGUCCAAGUUUAUUGAGAACAGAGCUUUCAGUCAAGUAUUGAUUCGUUUUCUUGACAACAUGUGAGACUUGAUGUUAGUUAAAGUUGUAUAGAACUUACACAAUUUCGAGUAGAACUCAUUCGACACUCAGAUCUACAUGCUAUGAUAGUAACACAGUUGAGCAGCACACGUUCAGUCUAGGUAAAGACAGAAUAGAUCUUUGAAGAAUAGAAUUCAAAGUCAUGUCAAGACAACAAUAUUCAAUGGGAAGCGUGGCCGAGAGCUUGAACUUGGCUUGGCUACCUAUGAAGGGGACUCGAGGCUCGACACCCGACUCAGGCAGAGUUGUAUUUACUGAGCGCCUAAAGGCAGCACGGAAAACCUUCUCUCAGAUACCCCUCUCCCCCCCCCCCCCAACUGGUCAAAAAAAAUUGAUUGGACCAAAGCGCUCUGAGUAUGCUAUAAGCAUGAAAGUAGCGCUAUUUAAAAGCUAUAAUUAUUAUAAUGUCCUGUUAAGACAAGAAUAUUCCAUGUCCUGUUAAGACAAGAAUAUUUAAUGUCUUGCCAAAGGACGAAUAUAUAAUGUCAUAUAUAAUGUCAUCACGACAGCACGAAUGUGCUGCCCCUAAUCCAAGCCAAUAAAGCCAUCUUGAUGUCUGGAUUUCUAAUUUCAUUAAAACGGUUUAUAAAAUACACAAAUUAAAAUGUCAACAAAUUUCAACAAAAUGUAGACAAUUUUAAACAAUUUAAAUUGAUUCACCAAUAAUGAUUAUAUAUAUAAUGUACUGAGUUUAUUUCAGUUCAGUUACUAUGUCUAUCUGCGUGGAUUAUAUUUGCGUAGGCUGCAUAUGUCUCUAUUUUUAAAAAGAUGAGAUGAGUUUAUCAAUGAUGAGAUGAACAACGCACUGGCAAUGUCCACUUUGUAUUUAUUGUCAUAUUUGUGUGUAUAACAUUGAAAAAUGAAAUCAAUAAGACAAGCUCUACUUUGUAUCAUAGAACCAUAGUUGGUUGUAAAUAAUGCAUUUCAUGUACCGAGAAGUGUUUUCUGCAUUUACUUUUUGUUCCAAUAAUAAUUCAUUACAGCCAUGCGGGGCAUAAUUUGAAAGUACAUGUCCUAAAUGGCAGGGUUGGUUAGUUGUAUAUUGUUUUUCUAAAAUGACACUUUCAAAAACUAUUUGGCCAUACACCAUUUGUUUAGUCGAGAUAAAGUUUAGUCAAAUAAAGUCUAGAAAGUAUGCAGACAAAUUAGAAACUCUUAUAGAGCGAACUGAUUUCACGGAAUAGAAAACUGUUGAAAGCAACGUCUACAAGAGCGCUUCAGACUAUUCAAAUGUAAAUAAAUGUCACAUCUUAAAACCACUAUGUAGUGGAGUAGCUAAUGCUAUCCUGUAUAUGCACUUUUAUAUUGCUAUUGUGUUUUUCUAAACUAUUGUUCAACAUACACUUGAAAUUACUGUCAUUAAUUUGUUUUUCAGAAAUAUGACUUGCUGUACAUGUUUCUUGGUUGGAAAACAGAUCACUGCAGUGGCAUUGUGUACGUCAUUUUAAAUACCAGCGUUUGUUUUUUUCCUUUUUCUUGGAUUUCUUUUUCUUGUUUAUGUCUUGAAUAAUCUUGUUAUAUUACCUUGUAUUGACAUAUUAAAUUGUUUCCUAUGUAUCGA